AUGGCAUUAAAGCAUGCUAUUGAAAUUAUCGAUACAACUUUGCGUGAUAUUAUGGAUGACGACUAUCCAUUCAAUGGUAAAAUUGUAAUUAAAGGUGGAGAUUUUGAACAACCACUUCUAGUUCAAGUAGGGACUAUGACAUCAGAGGUAGUUGAUUCAUCAGUAAAUUACAGUAUAUUUUCGACAUAUUUAAAAAAAUUUUCAUUGAAAAAAAUGAGAGCUUUAGGUGAACAAAUAGAAUUUUCGAAAUUUCUACUGAAUUUCAAUUCAUUUUAUCUGUACCAAAUAUUAUUGUUGAAGAAACUUACGAAGAAGUUUUUAAAAGAAAACAAUAUAUAUAAGCAAUUAAUUAUACUAUUUUAUCAACAAGAAAUACUGAUGGAAAUGAAAUUAAUGAAAAAGUGGUCAAUUUAUUGGAUCCUUCUAUUGAAAAAAUUUAUAAGUAUAGAUAUUAUAGAUAACUGCGAUAAUGAAGGUUUCAAUCAAAUUGUAGCAACAGAAGAUUUAAAUAAUCUUAAUCCUCCAUCAAUUCCGCAGUAUCAGUUAAAAAUAAAUAGUAUUAUGAAAGACAGUGAAGGUCUUUUCAAUGCCACAAGACUAUUAAUAUUAGAUUUAUAUGAUAAUGUAUUAAAAUUCAAAGUAAUAACUGGUGAUAAAAAAGGAGAAAUUGUAUUUAUAAAUAGGAUUACUUUGUAUUCUUUAGAAAAUGAAUACCCAUUUAUUUUUAAAAGACGUCAAUUACCAGUAAAAUUAGCAUUUACCAUGACAAUACGGGCCGUCUUUGUACAAGGGCCUACGAGGCUCGGACCUAGGGCCCCGACACAUUAA